GCGAAGUUUUCCCUCCCCUUUCGGCUCAUGGAAGGAGGCUCCGCGCCCGGCGGGGGUCUGCCAAGGAGAAAGGCUCGCCCGCCGCCAGCCUCAUGGCUUCUUCAGCCGCGAGCGCGGCCCCCGCUCCCUCUCCUCCUCCGGGGGCCGAGGGGGCUCGCGACGAAGGCGGGCGGGAAAUGCACUCCAAGAUGUGCAAGAAGAUCGCCCAGCUCACCAAGGUGAUUUAUGCUUUGAACACUAAGCAUGAUGAGCAAGAGGCCAGCAUCCAAGCUCUCAAGGAGGCCCAUCAAGAAGAGAUUCAGCACAUCCUUGCUGAGACCAGGGAAACUGUCCUGCAGUAUAAGAGCAAAGUGGAGGAAGCACAGGAACUCCAGAAGCACAUCCACACCCUUGAAGAAACUUUGGAAAAACACCAUAGGAUAAGAAAGGAGGCCUCAUCAGAAUUUGCCAAAUGUGCAAAACUGAUAGAAGAGAGAAAGUCAUCAGUGGAGACCAAGCAAGCAGAUGACAAAAUUCUUCUUCCGCAAGUGAUAGCACAUGUGAAACUAGGUUGCAAAAACACUGUUCAGGCUUCAAAGGAUUCAGACAGCCCCAUGGGAAAUCAUUGGACCUACGUAGGAGAUCCACUGGAUAACAGUGGGAAGGUAACUGCAACAUGUAGUAUGGAUAUGAGCGAGAGAAUGAACUUCAAGUGGGAGAAACAGAAACUGGCAGAAGAAUGCACCGAAAGGGCCUCUCAUGAGAGAGAGAAAGAAACCUGGAGAAAGGCCAUGCAGCAAUCAGUGCCUGAUUCAUUAAGAGAAUGGCAGCAAAGGGAAAUGGAGCAAAGGAAAAUCUGUGAGGCAGGAGAAUCUAUUUCACAGCGGCAGCUGGAGAAGCUGGAGGCUGACUUGGAAGCAAAAGGCCAGAGAAUCAAUGAGCUGAAAAAGUAUUCCCAGAAGCUGAAGGAGAAAAUGCAGGACCUGGAAAUACAACUGAAGGAAGCACAGCAAGAAACAAUGGAGUACAAAAAUAUCAGGAAAACUUUGGAGGAAGAACUUGUUACUGCAAAAGAGAGACUGCUGUUGCAAGAAAAUGAGAUCCAGCACAAAACAGAAAUAAUGGAGACUGCACUAAAUUCCCACAGCAAAGUCAAAAGUGAGGUGGAUGAACUAAAGAAACACAUCCUGAUGUAUCAUCAAGCAUUGUCUGCAAAACAGAGCCAAGGCAACCAAGAUGGUGGAGAUUCUCAGCCCAGGGAAUCUGAAGAGUUGGAAAAAGUAGCUACUAAACAGCAACACAAAGAUCUCCGCAAAAUCAAACAAGAGUCGGAUGAGGAGAAGAGUCGUUUAAAAGAGCAGCUGGUAAAAGGUCUGGAAGACCUUGUAAAGAAGCACACUCUCGAAAUUAAAUCAGCCCGAGCCUCUAUGGACAUUGAGAGGAAAAAACUGCAGAAGGAGGUACAGAUACAGUUAGAGGAAUUAAAAAAGAAAUAUGAGAAUGAGACAAGACAGCUGCAGAAGGAGAAAGAAACCAUAAAUGGAAAGCUUCAGGAGUGCUCCCUGGAGGCUUUAAGAUUAGAGACUUUCAUCAGACAAAACCGCGAUAUCCCCAAAUGUGCAGAAUUCCUUAAAUCUCAUGCCAGAAAAUCCCGUGAGAGGCAACAGGAGUUGCAGGAGGCAUUUGCACAACAAAAAGAUGCAUCUAAGCAUCAGAAAGAGAGAGCAAAAGGCAGAGAAAACCCUUCAACUCCAACCAGUAACAGAAAUGAAGAGAAACAAAGGUUGGACUCUGGAGGGGCGCCAAAAAGAGAAGACAGGCAGACACUUACAAGCUUUCAGAAAGAGAAAAGCAAGGAAAUGCAAGCUUUGCAAGAGGAAUGGUACUACCAAAAGGCAGAAUUGCAAGCUCAAGUCACAGAACUGAAGCAAACUUUAGAACAGCAAGCCAGUGCUUUCAGAGAGGCUCUCAGACAACAGGAACUACAGUCCACUAGAGAGAAAGAAAAGCUUUUGCAAGAUCUUCAGGACACCAUUAAGCAGAGCCAAGAUAUGAAAGCACAGCUGGAGGCGUCGCACCAGAGAGCCAUAAAUCUCCUGGAGAAAGGCAAAAAUCAAGAGUUCAAGGAAGCAGAGGAAUACUGGAAAAAGGAAUGUAAUGACAGGUUUAAGAUGCAGCAACAGUCACACCAUCUGGAAGUGCAGGCCUUGGAAAAGAAAAUGAGAGAAGAAUUACAGAUUGAAUUCGAAAGGAUACAGAAUCAACAGACUUUAUUGAUAGAGUCUCUGAAGAUGGAGCUGUCAGAGCAACAAAUAUCUUGCAUGACUCACAGUAAGGAAAAGGAGGAACUGCAAGGAGAACUGAAGAACACGGUAGCUGCAAAAAGGCAACAGGAAGCAAGUUACCAGAAUCAGACAAAAUCUCUUAAAGAUGAACUAGAGAAGUGUCAGAAUGAAAUCUCUGGGCUGAAGAAGGAAAAUUCCCUUCUGAAGGACACAAUGGAUUUACUGAGUGUGGACGUGGAGCGACAGAAGCAAACAUCUACACAGCUACAAGACAGGGAGAACCAACAGAGAAGGUUAUUGGAGGAGGACCUAAAAGUCAAACAUAAAAAAGACCUGGACAUAUUGAAGGAAGACCAUCACAAAGAGAUGAAAAACAUGAUGACUGAGUUCAGUAAUUCACAAGCUCUUCUCCAUGCAAAGAUUGUCUCCUUGGAAAAUGAGCUUAAAGAAUUGGAGGAGAAACCAAGAAAGAGAGAAGCUAGGCUGGAGGACCGACAUCUUAUAGGCUGCCUUCAAGAUAAAUUAAAUGAAAAAGAAGAACUGAUCAAGGAAUUAAUGGAUGGAAGAAAACUCCAGCAGUCGCUUAUAUCCAGCGCAGAGCCUCAUCGCAACCGGUCCUUUUCUUUUAAUACAAAUCCUACCACAUGUUUGACUCCCAUUGCAAAGAAGAAGAAAAUGGACGAUGCUCCCAGCCGAAUUGUCAGUGUUCCAAAUUUAGCCUCCUAUGCAAAAAGCUUUCUAACCGGAGAUUUGAGGCCUAAAAGAAACCCACCUCCGAUCACAAAAUCUACAAGUUUAGAUCAGAAUCCAGGCUGUGUCAGAGUGUGCUAUCCAUCUGUACAAGCUUUGGAGAUCAAACCUGCCCCGAGGCUGCCAAACACUGAAAUAUCAACCCCAAAAGAUGCUGAGAAACCAGACCCUCGACAUCAGGAAUGGUUUACGAAAUAUUUCUCUUUUUAAGCGAAAACAUUUCUAUAAUAUCUGUCUUUGAUGAUGUAAUUAAAUGUUUAUAGUAUAUCCUUUACACAGCAUUUUACAAACCAGCCUAAGUAAGCGAGCCACAAGUUUACUGUUCAAACUCAGACACCUUGAAGAAUUUGGUCAGUUUGAGAAACCAAUGUGUUAAAUUAGCAGUGCUAUUACUAGCAAAUACAUAUUGUUGAUACUCUGCAACUACUUAUAAAAGGAUCGCAAGUUUUAAUAUAUGCUAAUAUUUUGUUUUUAAAAUUAACUAAAUGCUUUUUAAAUUUUUAUUUAUUUUAUUAUUUUGUAUCUUGUUUCCUAGGACUGGGAUUCAUAGAGAAAGGUGCACUCCUUUAACAGCCUGGGCCUGUACCACUUGGGAUUUUAUUAAUUUUAGUAAUUUCAACCCCAAUGAGAUUCCCCAGGCAGAAUUAAAAUCAUAGCAGCAAUAAAACAGAAACCAGUAAAACACAGUUAAAUCAAACAGUAUAUAGAAAAAGCAACAUAGGACAAAAAUAAAGCAAUAUGAAAUACCUAAGAUGAUACCAGGAAUUUCACCAAGUGCUGAAAAGAAAUCAGACUCAUGUGAGAAUUUCAAAGCCAAAUAACACUAGAUUCUGACUUAGCAUCCACCACAUCUGGUAGCAGAACUUGGAAGAGUCUCCAAGGAAGCUCCUAAUGUAAAGGGCACAUGUCCUUGACAGUCCCAGCCUUAACUGUCAGCUGUAGUAAAAACUUUGGUGACUAUGACUAGUAGCUACACAGCUCUUUGGACAGCUAUAUACUUUCCCCAGAGCUCACAAUCUCCGGGGCUGCCUGCCAUAGAUGCAGGAGAAAUGUCAGGAGAGAAUGCUUCUGGAACAUGGCCAAAUAGCCCAAAAAAACUACAACAACCCAAUGAUUCCGGCCAUGAAAGCCUUCAACAAUACAUUUCCCC